UUGAAAAAUACCAAGAUGGGUCGACGUGGCGAGUUCAACUUGGAAGAAGAGCCCGGUCGUAAAGGGAACGGUAUCUACUGCAGUCAGGGCGUUCUCGUCUUCACCGUUCUUACAGUAUGCGUGUUAAUUGCAGCCACAUCGCUCAUGACGUACUACAUCCCUCUCUCCCUCAAGGACGACGGUGUUGCAACCAAAGCACCUGCAGCCUGGACUGAUGCUCCAACUAACAAGCCCAUGGCUACCGAUCCACCUGCCGAACCGACCACCACGCCACCUUCGGAUCUCAUGCGAGGCCGGCUGCCGAAGACGGUUCUGCCUCGCCGGUAUGAAGUCAACCUGCGACCGUUCCUAUAUGAUGAUGAUGUUCCCGACUCCAAAAUGGGAGAGAGGUUCACCUUCGAUGGUUGGGUGCGGAUUAAAGUCGAAUGCAUCGAACCGAGGGAUGAGAUUACUCUGCACUCCAAAAAUAUCACCAUUCAUGGCAUGCCUACCGUCCUUAGUGUCAGCACCCUAGACAAGACCGAUCUCUUUGAGAGCUAUAAGAUGGUGGAGGAAUACGCGUUUAUGAUCCUGAAGUUGAAACAAAUGAUGAAGCCACACCAGGAAUAUGACAUCUACAUGCAGUACUCAGGAAUUCUGGGGGAUGACGAAGCAGGAUUCUACCCUGACAUGUAUCUGGAUCGCUUCAACAAUACAAGAUACAUCGCAACGACUCAGAUGGAAGGGCCGUACGCACGACGCGUACUUCCAUGUUUUGAUGAGCCUACCUUCAAAGCUUCCUACGACGUUCAACUGGAACAUCGUAACGAUAUGCAGGCGCUUUCUAACGGCAUUGAGACGAAGCACAUCCGGCUGGAUGGACACUGGUCCAGGACUUACUUCGAACGAGUCCCGUCGGUGCCCACCUACCUUCUGGCUUUUGUAGUACAUGACUUUUCUUCCAUCAAUGUCACCAAUGCCAAUGGGUGUUUGAUUCGUGUGUGGUGUCAGCCGGACCUCAUUCACCUAGCUCCCUACGCCCUCAAUGUCUCAGAUAGGGUCCAGACAUAUUUCGACGAUUACCUAGGCAGCGAAUACCCACUGGCUAAACUAGAUCACAUAGCGGUCCCGAGCGAAGUUGCAAUGGAGAACUGGGGCCUGAUCAUCUACGAAGACUCAUACCUUCUCUACGGAUUGCAGGCUUUAUACGGAGAGGCGUACUGCUCUGAAACCAUCACCCAUGAAUUGGCACAUAUGUGGUUUGGUAACCUUGUGACAAUGGAGUGGUGGGACGACCUGUGGCUUAACGAAGGCUUCGCAACCUACAUGGAGCACAUAGGUGUCGAUCACGUGCACCCUGAAUUCAACAAGUUCCAAAGCUUCUACAACGACAUCACCGAAGGAGCUCUGGCUAUUGAUAGUCUGGGUACCUUUCCUGCUAUAAGAGCACCAGUCUACGCAGAUGAUGACGACAUAAGCAAUGCAUUUUCAUUCGUUACGUACUAUAAGGGUGGAUCGCUGCUCUAUAUGAUGGAGCAUUUCCUGACAAUUGAGGUCUUUAAUCAAGGUGUGAAAAACUACCUCAAGGAACGCGCUUACAAAAAUGCCAACGCGGAGCACCUGUGGCACGAACUAACUUACGCUGACAGGGAUGUUGGUAAACACGACGUGAAGAAGAUCAUGGAUACUUGGACCUUACAGCGUGGUUAUCCCUUGAUAACACUGACAAGAACAGGGAACAGCAUCGUGGCCACACAGAGGAUUUUCCUUCAGAUUAACAAAACAAUUGAAGAUGACGGAUUUGGAGACCUUGGGUAUAAAUGGUAUGUUCCUCUCACAUAUGUGUACGAGUCUGGACCUGGUGAUCAAUAUGAAAAACCGCAACAAGUUUGGAUGGAACCAUCAGACGAUUACACAUACUUCGAUCUACCAGACGAUGCUAAAGCUGACGACUGGUACCUGGCCAAUGCCAAGAUGACUGGUUUCUAUCGCGUCAACUACGAAGACGACAACUGGCAACGACUCUUGGAUCAAGCAGCAAUGGACCCCGACGUCUUCAGUGAGGAAAACAAGGUGGGUCUGAUCAAAGACUCGUUCAACCUGGCAAAGACAGAGGUCGUUCCGAUGUCAUAUUAUCGCAGCUUCUCUGAAAGUCUUAGAAACAAUUCCAGGAGAACCAGACGAGCUGCUGUUUCAACUUCAUCCUAUUUUGCCAAGAUGUUGGACACUAAGACCAACAUCAAAAGGCGCUCUGCUGUACAGACUUAUGCGCAAAGUCUAGUAGAGCCACUGUACAUGGAGUCUGGUUGGGAUGAGAGCUUUGUUCCUGAUUUACCAGCAGCAAGUGUUCGACGCGGAAAGAGUAGCCGGUUUGACAUAACUUCGAUAGCAUGUCGCUAUGGCAACAGACACUGCAUUACCAAGGCAACCGACAUGUACAAGGAAUACAUGAAUGAUCCGACAUAUAACACAAUUCCAGACAAUUUCAGAACGACUGUGUACUGCAAUGGCAUUCGUUUUGGAGGCGAAUCGGAGUGGGACUUUGCUUUUGAUAUGCUGCGAACAGGUGACGACCGCCACGAGAGGGCGCGAUGGGCUAGCGCCCUCACGUGUUCUGUAGACGCUUCUCUUCUUCAGAGUUAUCUACAGUUGAUGAUGGAUUCAACCACUUUCAGUCGGAGGGAUGUCGAGCUUAUCCUUAUGGGCGUGGCCGAAAAUCCCGAUGGAUGCGCGGUGGCUUGGGACUUUUUGCGCGACAACUGGGAUGCAAUCAGUACCAUGUAA